AUAAGGGAAGUAACUCAAGAAAAUGGCGCAUGUUUCUUUAAAUUCAUUUAUGCACUCGUUGGAUGAGGCACUAGCCACAAAAGAUGGAACUACGGCUGCAGAACUCCUGUCCUUCAAGCACGCUCACGUGGCCAGCCCUAGACUGCAGAUGGAGAAACCAGAAUCGUACGUGCAACGUGUCUUUGAGCCACCGUACGACGAGAUGGUUGCUGCACACUUACGCUGCAUCUGGGCUGUACGAAUACAUGACUUUAAGCUGUCUAUGGUUUGUAGUGUAUUUGUCUUUAACACACACACAUCGUUCACAAGGAUCUUUCAGAGUCAGAAAGAUGAAAACUGGAGUCUUCCUGUUCUCUUCUCUGUCAGUCUUGACCUGCGCCUCUUUGCCAACAGUGCAGAUAUCCAGGCCGUGAAGAAAAGUGUCGGUAAACCGGGAGAGAGACUCGAGAAAGCAGCCGAACUUCUCAUGGGUUGUUUCCGCGUGUGUGCCAGUGACAAUCGUGCUGCCAUUGAAGAGUCAAAGAAAUGGGGAAUGCUGAAUAUUGUUAAUCAGCUUUUUAAGAUAUAUUUUAAGAUUAACAAACUGCACUUGUGCAAGCCCCUGAUUCGAGCCAUUGACAGUCUGGUUAUUAAAGACAAGUUCUCGCUGCCGCAGCUGAUUACUUUCAGAUACUAUGUUGGAAGGAAAGCCAUGUUUGACAGUGAUUUCAAAAGUGCGGAGGAGUACCUGAUGUUUGCCUUUGAGAGAUGCCACAAGUCGAGCAGGAAGAACAAGAGACUGAUUCUCAUCUACCUCAUACCUGUCAAGAUGUUGCUGGGUCACAUGCCGAAACUGUCCCUGCUGAAGAAAUACGACUUGCUCCAGUUUGCUGAAGUAGCAAAAGCUGUCAGUUCGGGCAACCUUCUCCAGCUGAACGAGUCUCUAGAGAAGAACGAGGCAUUCUUCAUCAAGUGUGGAAUCUAUCUCAUUCUCGAGAAGCUCAAAGUGAUCACAUUCAGAAACCUUUUCAAGAAAGUAUAUCUCAUCAACAACAAGACGCAUCUCUUGCCCAUUGAUGAGUUCACAACAGUUCUCAAACUAAUGGAGAUGGAAGACAUUGACGAUGAUGAAACACAGUGCAUUAUUGCAAAUCUUAUUUAUGAGAACAAAAUAAAAGGCUACAUAUCUCACCAGCACCAGAAACUUGUUGUCAGUAAGCAGAAUCCAUUCCCAGUGUUGUCUUCAGUCUUAUAGCACUGAAUGCAGAGAAGAGGAACCCUUCGUCCCAUCAGUCAAUUUCAUUGUAGUCUUACAGUACUGAAUGUAAAGAUGAACCCUUCGUCCCAUCAGUCAAUUUCACUGUAGUCUUAUAGCACUGAAUGCAUAGGAACCGUUCGUCCCAUCAGUCAAUUUCACUGUAGUCUUAUAGCACUGAAUGCAUAGGAACCGUUCGUCCCAUCAGUCAAUUUCACUGUAGUCUUAUAGCACUGAAUGCAGAGAAGAGGAACCCUUUGUCCCAUCAGUCAAUUUCAUUGUACAGUCGAAAAGCAUUGGACAGUGUAAAGGAUUCCAUUAUAACAUAUCAAAAAGUGCUGUUCAUUUUAUGUGACAAAUGUCAAGGAGUCUUUCAUCAGUCAUCAGAUUUCAUUGUCCAGCUCUAUAGCUCAAACAGACCAGUAAGGAUUCUCUCCUCAUAGCAUCGAGCAUGAUGUAAAGGAUUUCUUUAUUCCAACAGAUUUCUGUGUAGAGUAUUGUUGCAUUAAAAACAAUUUAACGGAUUCAUUCAUCAGUCUAAUUUAUUCAUCACACGUUUUUUUUUACCUAAGGCUUGUAUAAAAUGGAUUUAAUUAAAUCCAUUAUGUGUAAUUUCAGACCAAAACAGGCCUAAAUUGAUAUUAAGGUGAAGGUCACUGGUUCAGAUGGAGCAUAUUUCACUUUUGUGUAUGGACACUGUUUAACGGACCUGUGAAUGGUCAAGUAUGUAAUUUAUAUUAAAAUUUGAUUAAAAAAA